ACCGCCAGCGGCCGUUCGCGUCGACCUCGGCUCCCGGGCCCAGGAGAUGGGCUGGGGAUGAAGAUUAAGCAGGAGAAGCAAGAGUGGCUGCUACAGACGUUGGUGCCGCAGGCCGCGCCCUCGGGGAGAGACAAGGAAAACGUUUUCCAGCAGCACCGGGGCUUCCCACCAUGCCAAGCAAUGGGGACACCUUGUGCUUUGGGGAAACAAGAAGAGACCGGGGGUCCAAGGUGGGCCCCUGCCCCUGAGCAGGACGGGAGGCGGGCAGGCCAGGCUCCAGCAGCGGCCCCUGCCCAGCCGAAUGCCCCUUCCUCUGCGGGUCACUUUGUGUGCCUGGACUGUGGGAGGAGGUUCAGCUGGUGGUCGUCCCUGAAGAUCCACCAGCGCACCCACACCGGCGAGAAGCCGUACCACUGCAGCAAGUGCGGCAAGAGCUUCAGCCAGAAGCCGAACCUGGCGCGCCACCAGCGGCACCACACGGGUGAGCGGCCCUUCUGCUGCCCCGAGUGCGCGCGCCGCUUCAGCCAGAAGCAGCACCUGCUCAAGCACCAGAAGACGCACUCGCGCCCCGCCUGCCACGCCUGUCCUGAGUGUGCUCGCUGCUUCCGCCACAAGGUGGGCCUCCGCACCCACCAGCGCGCCCAUGCCCGAGACCGCCAGCUGGCCGGGGCUGCGCUGCAGAAGCUUCUCAGGUGCACAGUGGCCCACCAGGCCCACCGCCCCCGGCCAGCACCGCAAGGCCCUCCCGAGGGGGCUUGGCUGGGGCCCUGCCCGGGGUGGUGGGGCGGGCCGAGGCCCCAGGCCGCACUUGCUGUGACCCCAGGGUCCGGCGAGCCCCGCCAGUUCAUCUGCAGCGAGUGCGGCAAGAGCUUCCCGUGGUGGUCCUCGCUGAACAUCCACCGGCGCAUCCACACGGGCGAGCGGCCCUACCCCUGCCCUGAGUGCGGCCGGCGCUUCAGCCAGAAGCCGAACCUGACGCGGCACCGGCGCAACCACACGGGCGAGCGGCCCCACCGGUGCCUGGACUGCGGCCGCGGCUUCCGCCAGAAGCAGCACCUGCUUAAGCACCAGCGCACGCACCUGGCUGCCCCAAAAGCUGCUGUGUGCCCCCGCUGCGGGGAGAGCUGCCCCAGCCGGGGGGCGCUGCGUGCCCACCAGCGCGCCCACACCUCCAAUGUAGUGGGUGGGGAGCCGGGACAGGGUUCUGAGCGGCAGCCAGCGGCCCCCCGGGGCGUCUCCCCGCAGCCACAGCGGUCGCGGGGGCCUGGGACGUGGGGCGGGGGGCAAGGGGGCCUGGCCACGCCUGGCGAGCCUCGCCAGUUCAUCUGCAGUGAGUGCGGCAAGAGCUUCUCCUGGUGGUCCGCGCUCACCAUUCACCGGCGCAUCCACACGGGCGAGCGGCCCUACCCCUGUCCCGAGUGCGGCCGGCGCUUCAGCCAGAAGCCGAACCUAACGCGGCACCGGCGCAACCACACAGGCGAACGGCCCUAUCAGUGCGCUGCCUGUGGCCGCAGCUUCCGCCAGAAGCAGCACCUGCUCAAGCACCAGCGAGUUCACUGGGGAGCCCUGAACCCCGUCCCCCGCCCCAAGGAGGAGGUGCUUUGAUAGACAGCAGAAUGUGUUGGAAAUGGCCAGGGGCUUUCAGAGCCCCAGGGUGUGAGACUCCAUCAAAGGCAGCUCCUUAAAGCUCUCAGGCCUGAGAACAGGAACCCAGAGGCUGAGAGAGGAGGCGUGGAAGACCAGGCAUCCUGCCCCUGGAGCCCGGUGUGUUGAGGCCCUCCCUGUGCACCCCCUCAGGUGGGAUCCCUGGCGAGAAAUGGCCCAGGUAUGGGCGGGUAGGAUGGCAGUCAAACGCUGCCUGCGGGAUGCAGCUCAGAUGCUACUCAAGUCUCAGUCAGACUGAGACGCCAAGGACUGGAAGCCAGAACUGUUCAGGGAGGGGCAGGCAGAGCCCUAGUGCCCAGAGCAGUGCCCGGCGCUUAGUGGCCACUGGACAGAUGCUUUUGGGAGGAUGAAUGGUUAGGUGGCACUUCAGCGCUGAGAGCCCCACUGCCCAUUGUGUGUGUGCUGGGCCUGGCCUCAGCACUGGUCUGUGUGGUAGGACCAGGGCGUAGGGGGCUGGUUUCAGCUGAGGUUUGGUGGCUUGGGGGUUGCCACCUGUGCCUGCCUGAUGGGAGCCUUACCAGCCCCAGGGCUUCAGAAAGAAAAUGAAGGAUUGACUGUU